GGCGGGACAAGGGAUGUCAGCCGGUAUUAAACGCCAAAGAAGAAGACAUCCGGCAUGUGAAAAAGAAACUUGAUUGUUCGUGGCUGCUGAGUGUAAAAGAUUCCUGGAAACAGCUACUUCGCAUUACCUUUCCAAAGAAAGACAUGUCUUGUUCUGCUGGUGACCCAAACUUCUGUCCUGAAUGCGGGAAUGUUCUCCCGCUCCCCGGAAUAUCCAACACAGUUCAAUGCCCUCGCUGCACCUUCAGCAUCCCUGUAACAGAUUUCUCUGGCCUAGAAGUCUGUUCAGCUGUGGUGUUUAACCCUGAGCAGAGGUCACUAGUGGCUCUGAAGGGUGAUGAUGGCUCUGAGCUGAAGGGACCUGUGAUCGACAGACGAUGUGCUCGCUGCAAUAAAGACGGGAUGAUUUACCACACUAGGCAGAUGAGAUCUGCAGAUGAAGGACAGACUGUGUUCUUCACCUGCAUAAACUGCAGGUAUCAAGAGAAGGAAGACUCCUGACAGAAAUAUUCCAAGUGUCUACAGGCAAAUCUAUUUACUAGAAAACACUGCUGUCAGAUCCAAGUUAUGUUCUGCAUCUGGAAUCUCACUUCAGAGGAAGAACCAGAAUCGACAAACUCUACUUUUCAUGUAUGACUUGUUUGUGGUGGAAAUAAAGUUUACAAUGAGUUAACAUUCA